UGGAUUUUCUUUAGCCGGAUGCGGGGCGUCGCCGCCGUAAUCGGCAACGUGUGAAAUGAGCCGAACAACUGCCUCGAUGCUUGCUACGUGUGGCAGGCUGUUCACUUGAAAACGUGCGCUGAACGCGUGCAGUGCUGAUCGUGCACUUUGUUAUCGAUUCAAAUUCAACAGAGGAGCAACGUACACCACACACACAUCCCAUAAUAUCAUUAUCCAAAAUGCAUCCUGCCUCGCCGCAUCAGCAUCGCACACGCCUCAAUGUCAGCGCACCAGGAGCCGGCGCCGUACAAACACAAAACCCUCCGGAUUCCUUUUCUCUGAGUCCACAGCAGCAGCAUCUGCAGCAUCAACAGCAGCAGCACACGGUGCAGAUCAGCUCCAGCACACAUCCCUAUCAAGGACUUAAAACAUCUGAGAAUGAUGAAAUGGGCUGCGUGGAGCUGCUGGCGACUGCCAUAUCUGUGUUGAUAAUGGUGCUGACGUUUCCGAUCUCGGUGUUCAUCUGCUUCAAGGUGGUCUCCGAGUACGAGCGCGCUGUCAUCUUUCGCAUGGGUCGAUUGCGCAGUGGUGGAGCUCGUGGGCCAGGCGUUUUCUUUGUGCUGCCCUGUGUGGAUGACUAUUAUCCGGUGGAUUUGCGCACCGUUUCGUUCGAUGUGCCGCCACAGGAGGUGCUAUCCAAGGACUCGGUAACAGUCACUGUCGAUGCGGUCGUCUAUUAUCGCAUCAGUGAUCCUCUCAAGGCCGUCAUUCAGGUAUCCAAUUACAGCCACUCCACACGACUCCUGGCCGCCACCACGCUGCGCAACGUCCUCGGCACACGCAAUCUUUCGGAGCUGCUCACCGAACGCGAGACCAUCUCGCACACCAUGCAAAUGUCCCUUGACGAGGCCACCGAUCCCUGGGGCGUCAAAGUGGAACGUGUCGAAAUCAAGGACGUUUCGUUGCCCACAGCGCUGCAGCGCGCAAUGGCUGCAGAGGCAGAGGCAGCGCGUGAGGCACGUGCCAAAGUGAUUGCCGCCGAGGGAGAGAUGAAAUCGUCGCGUGCACUAAAGGAGGCAUCGGAGAUCAUUUCGGCCAGUCCGUCGGCAUUGCAGUUGCGCUAUCUGCAAACUCUGAGCAGCAUUUCAGCGGAGAAGAACUCGACGAUCAUCUUCCCGCUGCCCAUGGAAUUGCUAACACCAUUUCUGCACUCGUCCGCCCAACUGGCGGCUAAUGCCCAAGCGCAGCCAUCGCCACUCCAUAGGCAUCAACAUCAGCAUCAUCAGUGACGCUCGAUGUCGGUGCUGCAGCCGUACCUGGAGGCUCUGGGUCGCUGCGAGCUACGUCGACAAAUUGCGGGCGACGACGACGUUGAUGAUGACGAUAUUGUUGGCUAUCUGUUGUAAGUGUCGCUGGAGGAAACGGAAAAGUGUUCACUUUGUGUGUACUUUUGAUGUUGAUUACGAAUUAAAUGUGGCCAAUAUGUUAUCUAAACUAAAAAAUGCUCCUUACUGGACGAUUGGUGCAGUUAGCUUUUGUUCGGGAUGCGAAUGCUUGGAUUUGUACUUAGGAUCAUUACAGUUAAGUGUAAGUUAUCUAAUUAUUAGACUAGUUUUUUUUUUUUUUUUUUGUUUAUAUACUAAUU